AAUCCCGGACGAGCCCAAUUCUUAAAUUUUUUACACUCUUAAAUAAUUUUCAUUAUAAAUUUAUGUCCCAUUUUUGUCUUAAUUUGAUAUUUUAACAUAUCGCUAUUCUUUUUCUAUCUUUCGGUACUUUAUACACAUCAGUGAAUAAUAUUUACAAGUGAAAAGUGAUAUUUCAUAAUAUAUUAUAUACUUGACUUGAUAAAGUUGUAAACAAGAGAGUUGAUCAUGGCUGUUUCUCUAGGAUGGGAUUCAACAAAAACCCAUAGUUGUAAAGAAAGGUGGAUAUGUAUUUAUCCUUUAUAUUUAAAUAGUAAAAAAACAAGAGCAGAAGGACGAAAAUUGCCAAAAGAAAAAUGCGUCGAAAAUCCAACUCAUCAGGAAGUUCGUGAUGUUUUAUUGGCAGCUGGUUUAAAAGUUGGCGUUGAAAAUAAACUUCAUCCAAAAGAACGAAGCAAGGAAUUAUUGUAUCGUGGUCGAAUUCGAGUACAAUUGAAAAAUGAUGAUGGCACACCAGUAAAUUCCGAAUUUCCAACAAGAGAUUCAGUUCUAUUUUAUAUUGGCUCAUCAAUUCCAAAAUUAAAAACUCGACAAAAUAAACAAACGUCUACUGAACAAACUUCACAACCACAAACGGUUUCGAAAAAAGGAAAAGGAAAAGGGCGAAGGUAAUAAAAUUUCAAGAGAAUAGUGAAAAAUAAAUGCUGAUUCUUUUUGAAAUAAAUUAUUCAAUAAUAAAUUAAAUUUUUUAAAGAACUUUUAUUGGAAUAUAUAUAAUAAAUAAUUAAAAAUACAAUACUUCUCAAAUUAAAUUAAUACAAUGGAGAAUUUUUAGACUUUCAUUAUUCAAGUUAUUUUCAAAAUGGACUUACGAAAAAUUAUAAUUUAGCUUGCCUACUUUCUUUUACAAAAAUCGUAAGAUUUUUUUUUUUUUUUUUACAAAAAAACAUAAGAUUUUGUAAGAAGAAAAUUGUGAUCAUGAAUUCAUAGAGUUAAAUAAUUUGUAAUAGGAUUUGAUAAUGAGAAUUUAUAAUGAAUAAUGAUGUACUAGAGUAUUCUUUUAUUUUAAUAAAUAUUGUUACAAUAAUAUAACAUUUUGUAUAAGCAAUAAAGAAUGUACGUACAUGA